GAGCUGGGCCUGAACAUGUCGGCGUUCCCGUACUGCGACGCGUCGCUGCCGUACGCGGCGCGGGUGCGCGACCUCAUCGGCUGGAUGACGGUGGAGGAGAAGGUCGGCAACCUCGGCGACGUCUCCCGCGGCGCGCCCCGCGUCGGCCUGCCGCCCUACAAGUGGUGGUCCGAGGCGCUGCACGGGCUCUCCAGCACCGGCCCGACCACGCUGUUCGACGACCUCCGCAGCCGGCCCGGGAACCACUCCGGCCGCGCCACCGUCAACAACGGCACCGUCUUCGCCAACGUCAUCAACAGCGCCGCCUCCUUCAACGAGACGCUCUGGAAGUCCAUUGGCCAGGCGGUGUCGACGGAGGCGCGUGCCAUGUACAACCUCGGCAAGGGCGGGCUGACGUACUGGAGCCCCAACAUCAACGUGGUGCGCGACCCGCGGUGGGGGCGCGCCCUCGAGACCCCCGGCGAGGACCCUUUCGUCGCCGGCCGCUACGCCGUCAACUUCGUCCGCGGCAUGCAGGACAUCCCGGGCCACGACGGCGGCGACCCCUACGCCCGGCCCAUCAAGACGGCGGCCUGCUGCAAGCACUACGCGGCGUACGACGUCGACGACUGGCGCAACCACACGCGCUUCACCUUCAACGCGCGCGUCUCGGAGCGCGACAUGGCCGAGAGCUUCCUCCGCCCCUUCGAGAUGUGCGUCCGCGAGGGCGACGCCGGCAGCGUCAUGUGCUCCUACAACCGCGUCAACGGCGUCCCGGCCUGCGCCGACGCGCGCCUCCUCUCGGGCACCGUCCGCGGCGACUGGCAGCUCCACGGCUACAUCGUCUCCGACUGCGACGCCGUCCGCGUCAUGACCGACAACGCCACCUGGCUCAACUUCACCGGCGCCGACUCCAGCGCCGCCGCCAUCAGGGCGGGGCUCGACCUCGACUGCGGCGAGAGCUGGAUCCAGGAGGGCGGCCGCCCGCUCAGGGACUUCCUCAGCGUGUACGGCAUCGCCGCCGUCGCGCAGGGCAAGAUGCGCGAGUCCGACAUCGACAACGCGCUCCGGAACCAGUUCAUGACGCUCAUGCGGCUCGGCUACUUCGACAACAUCCCGAGGUACGCCGCCCUCAACGAGACGGACAUCUGCACCGACGACCACAAGAGCCUUGCCCUCGACGGCGCCAGGCAGGGGAUCGUGCUCCUCAAGAACCACGGCGACCUGCUGCCGCUGGACGCCAAGAAGAUCCUCGCCGUCGCCGUGCACGGACCGCACGCCCGGGCACCGGAAAAGGUCAUGGACGGGGACUACACAGGACCACCAUGCCGGUACGUCACGCCGCGCCAAGGUAUAAGCAAGGACGUGAAGAUUUCGCACAGGGCGAAUACGACCAUCUACUUGGGUGGCAUAAACCUUCACAUCGAGAGGGAGGGCAACGACAGGGAGGACAUUCUCCUGCCCAAGAACCAAACACAGGAGAUCCUGCACUUCGCUGCGGCCUCGCCGAACCCGAUCAUCCUAGUGAUCCUGUCGGGAGGCGGCAUCGACAUCUCCUUUGCGCAGAACCACCCCAAGAUCGGCGCCAUCCUUUGGGCCGGGUAUCCUGGCGGGGAAGGUGGCAACGCCAUUGCCGAUGUCAUCUUCGGAAGAUAUAAUCCAGGAGGAAGGCUGCCAUUGACAUGGUACAAAAACAAGUACAUCCAGCAGAUCCCCAUGACUUCCAUGGAGUUCCGGCCGGUGCCGGAGCUGGGGUACCCCGGCAGGACGUACAAGUUCUACGACGGCCCGGAGGUGCUCUACCCCUUCGGCUACGGCCUCAGCUACACCAAGUUCCUCUACGAGACAGGCACCAACGGCAGCGCCGUCACGAUCCCCGUGCCCGGCGGCCACUGCAAGGGGCUCAGCUACAAGCCCAGCGUGGCCACCACGCCGGCCUGCCAGGCCGUCGACGUCAACGGCCACGCCUGCGCUGAGACCGUCAGCUUCAACGUCAGCGUGACCAACGCCGGCGGCAGGGACGGCGCCCACGUGGUGCUGGUGUACACGGCGCCGCCGCCGGAGGUGGCCCAGGCGCCGAUCAAGCAGGUGGCGGCGUUCCGGAGGGUGUUGGUGCCGGCGAAGGGCACCGCGACCGUGCCCUUCACGCUGAACGUGUGCAGGGCGUUCGGCAUCGUGGAGAGGACCGCGUACACCGUCGUGCCGUCCGGCGUGAGCAAGGUGCUGGUCGAGAACGGCGACUCGUCGUCGUCGGUGUCGUUCCCUGUCAAGAUCGAGCUCUCGGUUUAGUUUCUGUUUGCCGCGGUGAUGUUCUCGAGUCCGUGUUCGUGGCUGUCUUAAUUGGAUUACGUUCAGCAUCCAGCUGGACCUGAAAAGAAAGUACUAGUUCUAGUAUAAUUUGAAGGUAACCGUUUGUUCCAUAGCAUUGGGAUCUCUCUGUUUCCA